AUGGGAAGAAGAAAAGUUACACACCAAUUGAUUUCUGACAAGUCCACUCGCCGAGUUACGUUCAGAAAACGCAAAGAAGGCAUACUGAAGAAGAUCAAUGAACUAACCAUUCUUUGCGGUCUACGCGCUUGCGCCAUCAUCUACAGCGAUUACAAGGAUGGUCCUGAGGUUUGGCCAAACCGUAAAGAGGUUCGUACUCUUCUAAAUCGGUUGAAGGCACUCCCAAAGGAUAAGCAGACCAAAUACAUGAUGGACCAGAAGGAUCUAAUGACCAAGAUGAUCCAAGACGCAAAGAAGAAGUUGGAGAAAGAGCAGAUGCAUAGCCGUGCGAUGGAACUUGGGAUGAUUGCUGCGUUUAGUGAUAUACAUGAUGCUGAUUAUUCAGAGGAUCUGAUCAAAGCAGCCGAUGUGGUUGAGAAGAGGAUCGAUGUAAUCAGAGAGAGGAUCGAGGCUUUGGAGUAG